GACUGACCUAAGACUGAACAUUGCAAAUAAUUGCACGAAAAUGAAGGUCUUCAUAAUUUGUCUAAUCAUCGCCAUUUCAGGCUUCGCCAAGUCAGAAAUUUACGAAAAUGGUAAGUAGAAUACAGCGAUUUUAUAAUGAUUUUAAAAUAAUCUGUUUAGUAUAAACUGUUUUGUGUUGGCAUAUAGUUUUAGAGUGUUUUUGCCAUUGUUAUAGCUAUACAUAUGCAAUCCAUAACUUGGUACAAUGGUACAUUCAUGUUCAAAAAUUAUAUUUAGUGUUAAUGUCAAUUCAUUGCAAAAUCAGUAUUCUUUACCAUAGAAAAUUUUGACGAAAGUUCGGAGGACAACUCAGUUUUUGACAAGAUCCUGGCUAUUAACGAAAAAUCAGGUAAGUAUGAAUAAUUUGCGAAAGAAAGACCAUUUCCACAAUAAGGUAGGGUUUACGUCAGUGCUAUCCUGCAAUAGUUUUUCCGACCAAUUUUAUUUAUUUGAAAAUUUUCUGAAUUUUUCCUCCAGUUAACCGACGAACUUCUCCAUACAAGGGCGCAAAUCCUGAAGGGGGGGGGGAGGGGGGACGGAGGGGACAUGUCCCCCCACUUUGUUGGCAGAGAGGGAUGAAUAUUGUGUUAUCCCUUCCCCACUUUUUAACAGUCAAUUCCCCCACGAUUUAUCAAGUGUAGUGUCCUUUAUUUGCUGGAAACUUUGUGUGUAAAUCUAAAUGGAGUAAUGCGUUUCACAAUUACAAUGCAUUUACAUCCUCGUAUCAGCAGUCAUGUUUAUUAAAACUGUUCCUGCUAAAUUACUGUAAUAAAUUAUGUUUUCUGGUAUAAAAAUGCAUAAAAUCAUAAAUCAUCUCUCCCACUUUUCAAGACAGAUUUGCGCCCUUGUCUCCACAGAAGUGUGUGUGUCGAGGGUGCCAUUGCCCUCCUUGUCAUCUUCGUGGUUAACGCGUAUCAUAACACCUUAAAUGUAGUUGUCUUCCGCGUUCUACUCUGUAUGGUUUUAUUAUGAAUGCAACGCCCGAAUUGCCUCACAGAAAGGAAAAGACAGUACUUUCAUGAGCAUAAAUUCCUUUUUACUCCUAAUUGGAGUUCUAGACUGGCAAGUUAAACUGUAAAACCCUAGAGUUUCCUUGCAUCAAAGAUUGAAAUACAGGUGAAUGCGAUACUUAGCAAUACGAUUCGUUGUUUUGACAAGCGUUUAAUAUAACAAAAAAUUUUCAGCUAGAUCACGUUCAGGACAUAAAGCCAAAUAUUUUGAGGGAGACAUUGUGAUCACCAAAUCGGUAAAAGAAAUGAUUGAAAAUCGCAAACGCGGUGCAGCCUCAAAUAAUAAGCGACAUAUUUGGCCAAUCAACGAUGGCAAACACGAAAUACCUUAUCAAAUUGGCGGAGGUAAGUUAACAUCAAAAUCUAAAUGAAUAAUUUAGUCAGGGUCAAGCCCAUCAGAGUAGAUACGCUAGAAAAAAGUUAGCAAUUUAUGUUUCGGUAACCAAGGUAAUUGGGGUUAGUGUUAGUGUUAGGCAUACGGUUUAAGAUUAAUUUUCAGGGUUUGGGAUAGAAUGUGAUAGAAUCAAACUAGUGAGCAAAACAUAAAUUGAUUACCAAAACAAAUGUUAUCGACCAAGCAUCGAAAUGGCUUCUUGUUGUACUUGAUGCUGCCUAUACUUUUACUAAUAAUUAUUUGGUGAAAGAUUCCAUAGUGUUAUUGUUCUAUAGUAAUAAAGCUGUUCUUACAUAUAGUUUAUUUGUCCUGCUAUACAAACUUAAAAAUUUAUUUCGAUGCAAUGAUUUAUAAAACAUUGUUCUUCCGUCAAAUGUCGACUGUAGAAAAUUAUUAUCUUUUUUAUUUUUUAUAAUAUUGGUAUUAACAUUUUAUUUAAUUGAUUGAUUUUGAAGAUUGCCCAAAGUCGUCUUAAAUCACCCAAAAUCUUCCUAAAAAUUUCAAACAGGCCUUUAAACGCCUUUAAUAUCCCAAAGAUGGGUUAAAGCGCUCAAAGCUGCCAGUUUUUAUAAAUACAAUACCAACUAUAUGAUAAAGUAGCAUGGUAAAGGGUUCAACUCUUUCAGUGUAUGGCCGUUUUAACUUUCCGGCCUGGGCUAUUUUGAAAAAAUAAGGGGCUAUUUUGAAAAAGCAAAAUGCCAGAGAUAUAUCGGCCUAUAAUAGUAGUGGUAUUGGGAGUCGUUUUGAUUCCUGUCACGGAAGGCCGCUUUUAGUUUACUUUCACGCGGACGUUUUAAUAUUUGUAUAGGGCGCGUUUUGAUUCUACACAUUUGUUUAUUUAUUUUCAGACUUAUACCAUCCUCCCUUGUCACCAUUCAAUAUUUUGCCUUAAUUAUUCAAUAUAUAUCAUCAAAAAGCUGCAAAAGUUCUACUCACUACCUAUAAACGACACAACAGGGCCAUUUAUACGGGGCAAAAUAAGUCGCGACUUACAUAAGGCGCGUCUAAUAAUAUAAGCGGAGUUAUCGUAUGAAUUGUUCUCUACGGCUCUAGUCUUAUUUAUUAUAAGUAAUACCAUGGUUUUUAAGAAUAUAGUGAUUAAAUCUCCCGCAAACCGAAGGAGGUUUGUGAAAGUCCCGAGGGAAAGCCUGAGGGCGAAGCCCGAAGGCGCCCCGAGGGACUUUCACAAACCUCCUCGGUUUGUGGGAGAUUUAAUCACUAUAUUCUUAAAAACCAUGGUAUUAGUUUGUAAUACCAUGAUGACCGAGGUGAGGCUAGUGUUUUCAUUGUACAAAAUUAAUAGAUAGUACGAGUAUUGUGUAAUACAAUGCAUGAUCAGUGAUGUAUACAACAAUUUUCCAUUGUCGGAAAUUCGUUUGGGAAUAAACAAUUCUUAAUAUACGUGUGUCUGUGCCGGGUGCAUGUGCAUGCACGCAUAUAAAACGAGUUACUUUUUAACUCAACUCAAGUCUUGUUCUUGGACGCUCACUAAGGAUGAUAUGGCAGAUAAACGUUUCUCGUUUGUUAUGGAAGCCGAUGUUCAGAAAGUUAGAGAUAACAGAACGCCUGAGAAUACUAUCAAACACACUAGGUGGAGCACGAAUGUUUAUAAAGCAUGGGCAAAGGCAAGAAAUACCGAGUUUCGUGAUUUUGAAGCCGAGAGUGAAGUAUUCAAGCGUGUGCCAGAUUUGCAGGAGAUGAGCGUUGACGAAAUUAAUCACUGGUUUAGCCGAUUAACGCUAGAAGUACGGAAGAGAAACGGUAAAGAAUACCGCCAUGAAGUCGUGUAUAGUCUGUUUUGUGGUUUAAACCGAACAGUUCAGUUGCAAUAUCCAAAGUUAAACCUGUUUAAUUCGGCUGAGUUUAAGCCGCUUCAGCAAACGCUCGAUGGGAAGCUGAAAGAACUACAGAGCACCCAAAGCCCAAUGAAGAAGAGAGCAGAUGCAGUGACGGUUAGCGAUGAAAGGGUAAUGUGGAAUGAUGGCAUUUUGGGUACAAGUUGUCCGACUAGUGUCAUUAAUACGUUAGUAUUCUUAACGGGAAAGAUGUUGGCAUUAGGGGGUGGUAAAGAGCAGCGAGAAUUGACGCACGAUCAAUUUCAGUUUGUCGAGCAGACUAAUGGUAAAAUGGUCGUGAAGUAUGUAGAAAAGGUCUCGAAAACAAACCAGGGAGGUUUAAAACGGCGAAAACAGGAGACGAAGAGAGUCGAACAUCUUGAGGACCCUCUACACGAAGAGUCUUUCGGUUUCAUUUAUCACUUUUAUGUUUCAAAGUGGUAAGUAAUUUGUAUCCUUAAUAUAGAGUUAUAUACUUCAUUAUAGUAAUAUAUAAUAUACUUUUUACAUUAAUUACGUCUAAUAUUUUUUUUAUAUUUUUAGUCCCGACAUGCCGGCUGAUGGCCCGUUUUACUUGCAACCUAAACGAAAAUGGUCCUACAGCGACAACCUGUGGUUUGAAGCCAGACCAAUAUUGGGUGGAAUAUGCUGGAGAAACGGUUUAAAAAAAUGUGCAAAGAUGCUGGUUUAACGGGAAAUUUCACAAAUCACUCUGGACGAGCUACAUCAAUCACGCGUUUGUAUGAUGCUGGUGUGCCGGAAAAAUCUAUCAUGAAAAGAAGCGGUCAUCGAUCCAUUGAAGGUGUGCGAACAUAUCGAAGGGAAGACGCGAGUGCCAACACCCUUGUCUCAAAUGUUUUGUCUGGUGCUUCUACCUCAAAUUCUGAUUCAGAUAUUGACGAUGAAACUCUCGUAAAUGCAUGUAUAGAUUAUGAACAACGUGCAAGUUCGACACUAGAUUUGAGUGGACUACUACAAGGAGCUAAUUGUGGAACUGUGAACAUCAACAUUAAUAUGAGUAAAUAAAUUGCUGUCUUUAUAACAUAGUUGUGUGAAAUGUUUAGUGAAAAGUGAAUAUUAAUAAGUCGAGUAAUUAACACUUUAUCUUACUGUCAUUAACAUUGUAGUGUAAUUAUUUUGUUUGUUGUGUAAAAGCUAUUAAGAAAACUCUUUCUCGUGUCUUUGAAUUUUGGCUCAUGACUUUUAAUCAGGGAGAAAUUAGAAAUCUGCCCGGCUUUGCCGGGAGAAUUAGAUAUCUCCCCGCUAAGGGCCAUUCCAUUUAAUGUCCACACCCCCCCUACGGAUGAGCUUUUCUGAAGGGUGACUCAAAAAGUCGUUUCUGAGAGAUUAAGCCUGUCGGCAUCCUUUGAUCUCUGCGAUUUUUCUGAGGGGUAAGGGGAAAAUUUACAAAUUUCUGAGGGGUGUUUUGUGUCGGCACUUUGAUCUUUUUUUCUUAGGGGUUAAAAUUUUACUGACCUCAUCCGUAGGGGGUGUGUGGAUAUUAAAUGGAAUGGCCCUAAGCCGGGAAUAUCGUGAUUAAACCACCCGGCGGGGACAAGAGAACCCGAGGUCAUCAUGGUAUUACUUGCUAUAGCUAUAGUGUUGUUUUGGUUGUUUUUGUUUUAAGGUUACAGGACACCAAAAAUCCAGUGCAUCCAAAAUAUGGUAAAGUUGUAAAAUUAACAAACAAUAAAAUAAUGUAAGAAUUAUUCAGAAAAAUCUUAAAUCGCGGUACCUUUACGCUUUUGCGUUGUGCUCCUGCUCGUUUUAAGUUAUAUUUAUGAAAAGAUCAUUUUUACACAGUAAAAUAGUUGUUCUAAAAAAUUGUGUUCGGAAAUUUUUGUUUAUUUCGUCAUUCCGCUGAUAUGGCGAUUUCUUUGACGACUGCAUUAUAUUUCUGAAUUGUUUGAGUGAAUUGCUCUUUAUUUUUAAAAUAUCCAAAAUUAAACAAAAGCCGAACACACUUUUGAAACUGACGUAUUUAGCUAUGUCCUUUGAAAAUUUGAGACAAAUUGGUUAAAAUCCGCAGGAGCAUAACUCGUUUGAAAAUCAGUAAUUACCGUAAAAUUUUUCGGGAGAAAAUUGAAUUUGAAUAUUACAUUUUCAAUGUUUUUCUUAUUGCAGCGAAAUGUAUUUUACUAAAUAACUCUGCGAGUUUUCAACAUUUUUCGUUCAAACUUGGUCAGAUAGUAGAACUAGUCUAAUGCUUUCAUUGAAACCAAUAAAAAAAUUUUAGGCAAAAUUAACACUCAAAGGUGUUCUGUAACCUUAAUAAGCAAGGCUAAAAAUUUUACGUUGUUUCAAGUUUCGGGCAUGUGUAGCUAGACCUUCUAUCCAAAAUGUCUAAUUCACCCUAAUUCCCGACGAAGGGCCUUUGUUCGAAACGUCGAAUCUUAAUAUCUUAUUAAAACGUUUAGGUAGUGAGUAUUUUCCUGCUUGUUGAUGUUGUUAUCCGCUACCUAUGCACUGGUCACAUAUUUAAGUUCAAUAUCAUCAAUGAAUGUUCGCAAGUGAUGCAAGUGUUAGUAAUGCGGCAAAUUCCAAAAUGUCAUAAACUCUAAAUUAGGUUAUUACAAAUGAGCUGAAUGUGCAAAAACUGAGUUUAUGGCAAUUGGGUCUCGGCAAAGAAUGGCAAGUAUAAGUAUCAAUUAGAGAGCUAGAAAUUAAAGUCAAUGAUUGUGAGAUCAAUUAUUAUAGCGUUGCUUCAGUUAGGCUUUUAGGGGUUAUAUUGACCAAUAUCUUACCUAUGGCAGUUCAUAUUGACAAAUUAUCAGUCUAAAGAAAUUUCUUUCGGUAUCGGCGCUCAAAACGUAUAAGACUGAUUAUACCAACAGACACAGCGGUCCAAAUCGGUCGAGACAGACAAGACAAGACAAGACAAGACAAGACAAGACAAGACAAGACAAGACAAGACAAGACAAGACAAGACAAGACAAGACAAGCGGUCCAAAUCUAUCGAGCAUUGAUUCAAGCUGACUAUUGUUGCUCUGUCUGGGAUGGUCUUGGUGAAAUAUUCAGUUGUAAAUUGCAAUAACUCGAGAACCGAGCGGCAAGGGUCAUCUUGAGGACAAAUUAUGAUGCCAGUGCGGGCCUUGUGCGGGCACUUUGUGAUUUGGAUAAUCUCUCCUUACGACGGAAAAAAACACAAAGCUAAAUUUGUUUUUAAGACAAUCCAUGUGGAUAUUCUGAAAUGAAAUUAAUGGUCCUGAGAUCGGUCGAUCAUGUGAUCUCAAAAUACCCAGAUUUCGUGGGCAUUUUGAAUCUGCAUAACAUGCUUUAAUAAUUUUCAAAAUGGCGACGUUACGGGGAGUUUUAAAUGUGAUACGGCAGAUGGGGAUUGCAUUUGAUAAUGCAAAUUCCCACCCUUAAAUUUAAAGCAACUUCAAACAAAGUGCUUGCAGUACAGUAUAAUUAUUAUGAAUUUGCGAACAUUUUGUAUAAAUUAAUAAAUUCAUGUAACCAAUAAGAGCCAAGAAACGGCCCGGCCGAUCCCAGGGCCGUUUCCCGCCUCUUCCCAAGCCAAGGGAAAUGCCCUGGGGGCGAGGUUGUGAACAAAUCACUUAAAACGAAACUCUUAUUAUAGUGGAGCAUGCAGUAUUGUGGAAUACUCUCCCCCAAAAUAUACGAAGGUCUAAAUUGUUUUCUCAGUUCAAGCAAGCAGUAAAUGAGUAUUUACAAACCUAAACCUACUUGCACACGGCAAUCUUGUAAGCCAGUAAGAAAAUUUAUUAUAUACAUGACAAAAUUACUGCAAUCUGAUUGGUUAAGAGGAGUGUAAUUAUUUCAUUAAUUAUUUAUCUUCUGUAAUCAGUGGCAAAUACUGCAAUUUCAUUGGUUUACAGGAGUGCGAUUUGAGCAUUAAUCGCAACUUUUCCGAGCUGUAAUCGCACUCUUGUCUACAGCCAAUGAAAAUCAGUCUAGUAUUUACAACUAGCCAAUCAGCAUUCAGGAUACAAACUUUGAAUUUUAUUUUCUUUAUUGCUGUAAAAAAAUUCAAAAUGGAGGAAUUCACAAAUUUUGACCUUUUAAUUUUAAAUCAGCCCUCGAAAACCGUCAAAAUUGAGGUCGGAAAAAAAAUGCCGACCUAACCUGACCUAGCUCGGUGCAUCUCGGCAUUUUUUAAAAUCUGUUUCCAUGUCUUGGAGCACUAGUAGCCUGCACUAGUAAUCACGUAUUUACGAAUCAUUGAAAAGUAUAAAUGUCACGAAGCCUUUUCUUUUCGAAGUGGCUAUUCGUACUGGAAUAUGGCACCUGAUUCUUACAUUACGUAAACUAGCAAUAUAAAAUAGUUUUUUGCAACAGAUUUUAGCGAGCUUGACGCUAACGUAUUCGGCAAAGGCGUUGCGUGCGUGCGAAGUGAAACGAGGUCGGGUCCGUGUUUAGUUUUAGCCGUCGGUUUUCUGUUGACUUAGAAAUUUUUCUUAAAAAAUUUUUUCCCGACUUUUUUAACUCUCAAAUUAAUAGUUUAUUAGACUUUAUUGGUUAGGGUUAGAGAAGGGGUUGGGGUUGGGGUCAGGUUUAUCUUAAAUAUUACGACUGCAGUACGAAUAGCAAAUCAAACUCAGCGUACUGUUCCAGUACGAAUAGCCACGGCGUUUCUUUUAGAGUUUUACCUAAAUUACAUCAUAAAUAUACCCGUUAAUUCUUAAACCUUACACCAAAGUGCAUCGAAUUCUAUAAUCGCUGACUUUUUAACAGCUAUAAGCACCAAAAAAGAUUAUUACUUUGGCUGAAUUAAGGUCGGCAAAACAUUGCCGACAUGGGAGGUUGAUAGGUCGGCAUUUUAAUACUGUAGGUCGGCAUUGCCGAAUGCAGAUCUCGUUUUCGAGGGUUGUUAAAUGAUAUAUUUUCUGACGAAAAUGACCUACCUGUUCAUCCAGCACAAGACGCCGAACUAAACACAACCAGGAGUUAUAUUUCAAUCCAAUUCAGAUGAUUAAUUGGACUAAAGAACUUCACUAUUUUGAACACGUUAAUAUAAACAUACAAACAUGGCUUCCCAAUUGUGUGUUGAAUAAUUCAAACAAAUGUUGUCAUGUGAUUAUACCGGAAAUAAUGCCCGGAAGUUAAUAAUAUGUUAAUUUGAUUAUAUAUGAUAAACAAUAAUUCAAAAUUGUACUAUUUCACUAAGAAUUGUCGUGACAAAAAUUUAACAAUUAUAUUGAACUUCACCAAAUUGUAUUUUUCUGCUUUUCCCCCUUAAACAGUUUGAUUACAGAAGAUAAAUAAUUAAUAAGUAAUAGAACGAAUUAAAGUCGUACUAUUAAUGCCAUAAUCAUACUCGUGAUUAACAAAUCAACCUCCCGCUACGCGGUCGGUUGAUUUUGUAAUCACUCGUAUGAUUAUGGCAUUAAUAGCACUCCUAUUCGUUCUAUUACCAUCAUUAAUUGCACUCUCCAGGAGUGCAAUUAAUGAUUUGAAAAAAACAAAAUGGCGGCUCGUUGUAAAUACGAGUGAGUCUACUAUUCAGUUACUUAAAACAAAAGCAGAAAAUGAAAAUACACAAAAAAGCACUGCCAGUUGGUUAAAUGUUUGGCACGAAUGGGCUUUGUGCCGAAAUUAUCAUGUUAAAAUGGAAAAUUAUCCACCUGGGGCCGGUUGUAUAAAAAAGUGAUUAAAGUUAACUAUAAUUAAGUGGAAACGUCAUCCAAUAAGAAGCGCCUAUUUGAGAGUUAAUCACUAUUUAACUACAAAAUAGUGAUUAAAAAAGUGAUUAACAGUUUUAUACAACCGGCCCCUGAAGAGUUAAAUAAAACUCUUGAAAAAUUUUAUGCGGAGGUGCGAACGAAGACAGGUAAUGAAUACGAGCCAGAGAGUCUGAAGGUCAUGCAGGCUGCCUUGGACCGUUACCUGAGAGAGAAAAAAUACCCCUACUCAAUAAUUCGCGAUGAUAAAUUUGAGGAAUCAAAGAAAGUCCUUGAAGGAAAGGCUCGUGAGCUUCGCAAAGAAGGCCGCGGUAAACGACCUAACGCUGCCAAACCUCUUACUCUACAAGAAGAAGAAAUGUUAUGGCAAGAAGGAAAACUUGGCAACUCGUCUCCGCAAAUUUUAACAAAUACAAUGUGGUGGUUACUCACCCAGCAUUUUGGGCUCCGAGGAAGACAAGAGCAUCACACUAUGUCUGUCGAAGGCUUCUCGUUCGGCGAAGACGACAACGGACAUGAAUACAUAACGUUUUACGAAAGCCCAACAAAAACACACCAGGGCGGUCUUCACAUCACAAGACGACAGCAGCUUCCCAAAAUGUUUGCCACCGGUGGAGAAAGGUGCCCAGUAGCGCUAUUUCAAGAAUAUGUCAACCACCGACCACAUAAAAUACGCUACGAAGGCCCAUUUUACCUGACGCCAUUGCCGAAAAAACACAACACGACAUCGUUUGGAACAAGCGAGUAAAACUUGGGGUGAAUUCCAUUGCCAAAAUCAUGAAGUUGCUGAUUGCCAAUACAUCCCUGGAACAGUGGUAAGAAAUUGACCAAUCAUUCCGCCAGAAAGACACUGGUCAAGAAACUGCGAGCAAGUAACGUGGAGCGGUCGUCCAUAAUGAAUGUCACCGGGCACAGAAAUGAACAGUCACUAAACGACUAUGAUGAAGGAAACGAAGUCGAACAACGCCAUAUAUCAAAUUUAAUAAGCAAUGCUAAUGCUGGUCAGUGCCGCCAAAUAGAAAAGAUGUCUUCGCCACAACAAAUGCCAACACAAUCUUUCAACUAUCCACACUGGGCUUCCAGCAUAACAAGCAGUUCAUCGAGUGAAUCCGGUCAGAGCAACCAAUUCUACAGCUGUAAUGUCGUCUUCAACAUGAACCAAGUUACUUCUCCCAAAGGUCAAAAGCGUCCAUUCAGACGAAUUCUUGAAAGUGAUUCCGAUUCCCAGGAAUAAACUCCUGGAAUUUGGCCUAUUGUUGGAUAUAUCAGUUUGAACUUGAACAUAGUUAAUUUAACUAUGACUUGAACAAUCGUUUGUUGUUGAACUUACAUCGCUGCUUCGUUUGGACAUUUCGACUUAAUAUUUGAACUUCAUAUAAAUCUUACAUAAUUUAUUGUAAACAAUAUGAAGGAAGACGUUUAUAGUUACUUCUUGUACAUAGUUUACACGUUUAAAUAAACUAGAUCUUGUUGAUUUCAGCUACGUAUAAUAUUUUCAGAAGCACAUGUGUUCUCUGCAGUCGCGUGACGUCAAUACCGGGGGGGGGGGGGAUAACAGUAAUUUUGUCAUGCAUAUAAUAAAUAAAUUAUCGUGAUAUUUGAAAAAUGUGCCAUGGCACAUUUUUCAAAUAUCACUCGUAGUGUUAAUCAUUAAUUGCACUCCUUCCCGUAUGAUUACCUAUACUAAUUUGCUAUUUUUGUAUUAUCUUAUUUGUUUGUAACUACCGAAGAUUUUACUGUGGUUAAAUAAAUUUUGCUAUUGUUUACUUUAUAGUAUUCUAAAUUUUGAUUGGUCAAUUUACCUGCAAAUAACUGCGUGCAAAUAAUAGUCUGGGCAUGCGCAUUCUUUAAAAACGUUGCUCACCUACAAAUAAAACUCUGAGCAUGCGCAUUGCCUUCAAUUUUUCUAAACUCGGUUCUCGCAAAAUAUGGCGAUUUGUUGGUGUCUCGCAGAUCAAUUAUUUGCCUCUGCCUUCGCAUCAGGAAAUAGUUGACCUGCUUGCCAGCGACAAAUCACGAUAUCUUCCUCAACCUCGUCUAAUAAUUGAUAAAUGUAUUGUAUUUAUUGUAAGAUCCCGCUUUAACUAGAUGCACAUUUUACGGAAUAAACACUCGGCUGGCUUUGGCUGUUUGCUAGUAAUUUUGCCAAAAGGUACAUUUUUUAAUACGAUUUGCUCCUCCAGUUUGAGUUUAUAAUUUUAUUCUUUACUUAUUUUCACAUGCAGAUGUGUCGUAUUCUCAGAAUCGAAUCUUUGGAGCAAUGAGAGAGUGGAUGCAAAAAGUUCCUUGUUUACGUUUCGUACAAAGAAGAUCCCAGACAGGAUAUCUGUACUUUCAUUCCGGAUCUGGGUGAGUUCCACUAUCAA